AUAUGGAUCAGGGCAGGUUAACGUAUUAGACCAGAUUCCAAAACGUGUUAUUGCUACCAUUAUUAUUAGUAUUAUUUAAUAUCAGAGAACAUUAUCAUGGUUCUAUGGAGUCCUUGAUGCUCUCUGAGCUUGGGGACUUUAUUUAUCUUAUCUAUUAAUUUUUUUAUGCUGCCCAUCUCCUUUACAAGGUGACUCUGAGUGGCUUUACAGCUUAUAAAACAAGUAACAAAUAGUUAAAAGAUGAAAACAACGCACAGUUAAAAUUAUAUUAAGAGCUAUAGUAAAAUCGAACUAAGAGAGCUAACAGCCAGAUGAGGAUGGGGAUGAGGUCUUCUUACUUGCUCAGCAAUCUCCAACAGUCAGCACCUCCCAAGUCAUCUGGCAAAGCCAGAUGCUUCAUUACCCAACUAGGUAACAUCAGUAUUGCCCUGAUGAUGUUAGGUGGAUAAUGAAAUGUCGACAAUAAAACCACCAAGCUCAGAGGGUACCAAGGACCCCACAAAUCAACCCUGAGCUACGAAUAUUCCCUUCUAUUGGUAACAUUAGUUCUGUCUGACAUAGAAACAGACUGGAGUUUUUUUUGUUUUUGUUUUUGCAUGGAGGUUGCAAGAAAGUUGAAGAACCAGAAGGGCAAGCAUACGUGGUAUUCCCCCUUUACAGUAUGGAGGCGCAUGAUUUGGCUCUUCGGUUGCAUAAUCUGUGCUGGAGAAUAUGUGGUGUUUGUUCUCCACACUGGGUUUGGAAUCUCAAAAUGCAGAUGUGCAAGUUCAGCGGGGUGAUUCCUUCAGUCAUAGGUUCUCCCUGUUUUAAGUACUGGCACCUUGUAGUCUAAAAUACAUGUUUGUAUGUUUAAUGUUGAGAAGGGAGAUGGAAAUACGAUAGGAGUACUUGUUUUUAAGUCUCAGUUGGUUUAAUGGGUGACUUAUUAUAUUGGCAUGGAGUCUAGAUAAAUGUACUAUAUGGUAUUUGCCUCCCAGAGACACUUUCCACAUUUUGGAAAAAAGAAACUUGAUUGGGCAGUGCCCAAUUGUCAUUUUGCUCACUCUGCUAACCCUCCCUCCAUCUUUUGACACUUUCAUCAGGCUAUAUUUCCCCAUGUUUCUCAGUAUUUUCCUUAGCUAAAGUGCAUUUUGAAUAUUGCCUCCUUUCUUUUAAUGAGGGGGAAUGUUCCUUGAGUUAUAGGCAGUCUUGCUACACUUUAAGGAUCGAUAUAACUAGUAUCAGGGCAUUGUAAGGGCUUCACGGAAUAUUACAUUAAUUAUAUUUACAGUUGUGUUGCAUGAGAUAGUAAAAUAUCACAUUCCUGUAGGUGGUGAAUGAAUGUUGGAGAAAUUGUAAUUUACAUAGCAACGAGUUUAAGGUUCCUCUGACCAAUUCAGUUGGUUAUUGUAUUAAGCCAGAAUUAUCCGUGAUUUGUAAAGCCAUCUAUUAUGCAGAAACGUACUACAGUAGUAUGAUUCAUGCUGAAUCAAAACCAAACCAACUGAGUUGUAUGGCUUCAGGCUUAGCAUAAAAUACAAAUCCAUAAAAGAUAUCAAAACUCAACAGCAGAGAGAUGGCUUCCUUUGGUGGCCCAAGAAACUGUAUUUUAAUUCAGUUGGCAUCUUCAAUUAAUUGGGGAAAAUGCGUUAAUCCUUACACAUUUUCCAGUAAAGCUUUAAACGGAGCCCAGCAUCAAUUGACAAAGUGCCAAGCAUGGAGUAAAAAGAACAGCAUUAGAUUUUAUUUGUGGAAUGACAAUUCCAGAAUCUAUGGAAAUAUCAUGAAUAGAACCCACAGAUGGCCUCUGGAUCCUAAAGACCUAGAAAUAUGUACAACCAGAUACAGCUAUUUUAGAAGGCCUUGUAUACUCACUCAUCAAAAAGGAAUGAGAAAAUGUGUACUAUUUGGAGCUACCAUGUCUCAAAAAUUACAAGACGUGGCCACUCAGAAUAUCCAGACCUUCAGAUGCUUUCGUGGAUCAUCAAUACUGAAAGCUGCUCCAGUUCCAAUCUUACUGAUGAUCUUGAAACCAGUGCAAAAGCUUUUUGCUAUCAUCCUUGGGAGGAGUAUAAGAAAAUGGUGGCAUGCACUUCCUCCAAACAAGAAGGAGUUAUUUAAAGAAGCUGUGAGAAGAAAUAAAUGGAAGAUAACUCUUGGAAUUUCUAGCUUAGGAGUUGUAUUUAUUCUUUUUUAUUUUACGCAUUUGGAGGAGACACCAAUAACUGGACGCACUCGGCUUGUAGUAUUUCGCAAGGAUCAGUUUGCAGAAAUGACAGAAAUUGAGUAUAACAUGUGGAUGCUACAAUUUCAGAAUAAAAUGUUGCCAGAAAAAGACCCUCGUUACCAGGUGGUCAAGAAAGUUGUCACUCAUUUAACUGAAAGCAACAAGGACAUUCCAGGCUUCUCUGAAUUUACCUGGACUAUACAUGUGGUAGAAGAGCCUAACGUUAAUGCUUUUGUACUUCCAAAUGGACAAGUGUUCGUUUUCACUGGUUUGCUAAGUGCCGUGUCAGAUAUCAAUCAGCUUUCAUUCAUUUUGGGGCAUGAAAUUGCUCAUGUUAUUCUGGGACAUGCUGCAGAAAAAGCAAGUCUGAUGCACUUCCUGGACUUCUUCUCCCUUAUUCUGCUCACCAUGAUUUGGGCUGUCUGUCCUCGAGACAGUUUAGCUAUAAUAGGCCAGUGGAUCCAGAGCAGGUUUCAAGAGUUACUUUUUGAUAUGCCAUACAACCGGACUUUAGAAGCUGAAGCUGACAAGGUUGGACUUCGAUUUGCUGCUAAGGCUUGUAUGGAUGUAAGAGCCAGUUCUGUCUUCUGGCAGCAAAUGGAACUGGCUAAGAUUCUACAGAAUGAACCCAAAUUACCAGAAUGGCUUUCCACACACCCAUCACACGAGAAUCGAGCUGAACAAUUAGACAGACUGAUACCAGAGGCACUGAAAAUAAGGGAAAGUUGCAACUGCCCGUCUUUGCCUGGUCAGGAUCCUCGCCUUAUAUUCAAACUGAAUAUGCAGCAUCUCUUGCAAGCAUCUGAAGGCCAAAAAACCCCAAAUAUUACUCCUCCCAACAUUAAACUUCCAUUCUCAAAAAGGGGAACAGUCCCAGUUGACCAUGUCAGUGGAAAAUAACACUCAGGAUGAAAGCCAAAAUAUUUCUGGAUACUUUUUAUCCAAUUGCUCAUCACGUGGUGGAUCAUAUGCCAAAGGUUUUUGUGCAAACAUUUGAAGACAACAUGAAGAGAAAGAUGUGAAUCACGACUAUGAUUCCCCCACCCACUCAAAAAAAAAUCCUAAUGUGGAUAAGAAACAUGAUGUUUGGAUGAAUUGGUAGAAAAUGGCUUCUUAUACACAGGGUUGUAAUUCAUCCCUCUUUGGAGUUGCCUGAAACUGGCUUCAUAGAAGCGUGGAUUCUACUUACGUAACAAGAUAUCUACCAAGGGCUGUUGCACCAGAUGCUCAAAAACAAAUGAUUGUCCAAUUUUCUUAUAAAAAUACCCAUUAUUUAUAUCGCAUAAUAUCCAGCUUUAUUUCUAUAUGAAAAGUGAGAGGGGAUUUUUUACUUUCUGGUACUGGAAAAGUUAAAAUCUUGCUUCUUCUUGAAUGUCUGUUUAAUUAUGGCUCCUGUUUGCAUGGCACAUUUAAGUCAUAUUCACUAGUUCCCAGUCUAUUAUAAGCUUUAAACAGCUUUGUUCAGCUUGCAUUGAAUUGCAAAAAAAAUUGCACCGCCUGUCAUAAGAAGAAAUGUGCAGUAAACUCUACAAUGAACUGGGAAGAACAUCGUCUAAUUUAUUGACUUCAUAUUGAGUCUCUUGUAUUUCUGAAGACAGGUUAAGUCAGGUAGAGUCAGGUGUUAUGAUAUGCUCAGCUGGUAACUAUAAGGCUACAGCCAUGUUGUUUCCUUAGCGUCGAUAAGGAAGUAGCUUCUUGUUGCCAUCUCCUGGGAAAUUUUAUUUUUAAUUUCCAAUUUCUUCUCCAGUGUUGGCAUUUUCUCUUGGUCUCCCAUUCAUAUUCUAAGAAAAAUCCAAUCAUGCUUAGUUUUUGAGAUCACUACAUAUUUCAGCCCAAAGUGUUGUGGAAAUAAGUAAAAGUUAAUAUAGCAGAGAUUUGAUAUUUAUAUCAACGUAAGUACUGCAUGAAGACUUCUUUGCUACACUGAAGGCCAAUACAUCGCAACUUUUCCGUAGAUUGAUAAAAAGCCUUGUAAUAAAAACUCUGGUGUUCCUUUUUGUCAGCAUUUUGCAGGAACCAAUAUGUCUGAGUAGUUUCCUUUAUUCCUCACCUAUAGUCAGAAAUCUUGCCAAAACUGAAGCAGCUAAUUGCAUCACUAUAAAUAUACUCUGGGAAUUGCUAGGGUGGAGCCAUGUUAACUCUCUUCCUCCUGACCAUCAGAGUUGAUAUUCAGCAGGUUCUGACCAGUUCUGGAGAACUGGUAGCGGAAAUUUUGAGUAGUUCGGAGAACCAGUAAAUACCACCUCUGACUGGCCCUGCCCCCAUCUAUUCUCUGCCAAGUCCCAGCUGAUUGGGAAGAAAUGGGGAUUUUGCAGUAACCUUCCCCUGGAGUGGGGUGGGAAUGGAGAUGUUACAGUAUCCUUUUCCUGCCAUGCCCACCAAGCCACGCCCACCAAGCCACGCCCACAGAACUGGUGGUAAAAAUUUUGAAUCCCACCACUGCUGACCAUCCUUGGCUGCCUCUGCCCUCUGGAAUGUAGCCCCUCUCUCUUGGGAAUCCAGACAACAUUCACCACAUGUUUUGCCUACCUGGCUUACAGUGACAGCUGUGCAGUGAUACUUGGGCUUGCUGUUGACAUUGGAGCUAGUAUGUGAUGUUGCAUGGAGAAAGGCUAAACCUUUGGCUCUAAGGAAUAGGUACCAGGAACUCCUUUGUAAAGUGAAAGCAAUAAACUUCAGGGGGAGAUGUCUCCUUCCAUACCAGAUGCACCAGUAUUCUGCCUUGCAAAUCUUGUUAUUCUCUCUCUAUAUUCCCUUUUCAGAUGCCCUCAAGCAGGAGGAAGGCCUUGAGAUGCCCUCAAGAAACAGGAAAGUCAUCACAACCACUUGUUCUUCCCGCUUCUCCAUUCCAUACAUUUGUUACAGAUUUAGACUGACACAAAUCAGUCUGUGCUUAGUUAGGGCAGGUCUACAGGUAUCUGUUGUUCUAAUCCUGCAUCAAGAUGCUACAUCAAGAUGCUAUAAGUCAUGACCAAGAAAUGAGGCUGAAGUUGCUCCUGCUCUUCCCCCUGUGGUGGUUACCACUGGUAGAGUGUUUUUUUCUGGCUCUGACUGGUGGCUUUUUGAUAUGGGAGUAGGAUUGUCCCCUGUCUCUUGCGUUGCCUUGUCUUGAGUGCCAAACCAUUUCCUCUUAAGCCCAGGAGGUUCUGCUAUGCCUGACCAAGAAUCAUCAAGGUUGCUGUCACUCCUCUGGAGUAAGCAUUUCUGUUCUGAGCCAUUGGCAAGACAACACCCUACUUCCUUUCUCUCAGUCUGGCUGCAGAAUUUCCUCUUGCCUCACUUGUUGCACCCCUUGAAAUGGACAACUUCCAUUGGGAUAGUCCUUUGCAGCUGAGGGAGAAAUUACUACUGCCUAAUUUCAGGAGAAAUCAGGGACGUGGUGGCUCAGUGGCUAAGACGCUGAGCUUGUCAAUCGAAAGGUUGGCAAUUCAGCAGUUCGAAUCCAUAGGGCGGCAUAAUGGGGUGAGCUCCCGUUACUUGUCUCAACUUCUGUCAACCUAGCAGUUUGAAAGCACAUAAAAAAUGCAUGUAGAAAAAUAGGGACCACUUUGGUAGGUAACGGCAUUCCAUGUGCUUUUGGCGUUUAGUCAUGCCGGCCACAUGACCACGGAGACAUCUUCGGACAGUGCUGGCUCUUUGGCUUUGAAACGGAGAUGAACACUGCCCCCUAGAGUCAGGAACGACUAGCACAUAUGUGCGAGGGGAACCUUUACCUUUACCUUUUAAUUUCAGGAAGGCUGUGAAAAAUGACUUCCUCAAGUUUGUGAUGCCUUUUGGAUAGUUUAAGCUUACGUUUCCUUCGUUAAAGAUUAAUAUAAUUAAUGUAAUUAAAUAUAACUUUCAGCUGCGUAGGGUAGAUGAAAUAUCACUUAGAUUGAACUCAGUGGAUUUUUUUGUUUGGCUAUCCAUCGAUAGGAAGUUCAUGUGUUCCAGCUAUGUGAUAUACUAAUUUAAAUUGUUGGAGUGAAACUGGAAAUCUAUUCUCAGCCAUGGAAAUUUACUAGGUCGCUGAGGCCAUUCACUAUCUCUCAUCUCAACCUAUUUGACUCAAUUGACCUUGUAAAGAAAACUUAGGAGAGAGCGCCCUGUAUAUUGCCUUGAACUCCUGCAGAACCAGCAUGAUUUAACUUUAAUGAUUAAACAUAAACAUUUGGUGAGGACCCUGCCAGGCUAGAGCCUGUUUCCUAAAGCACAUUGCUAAGAUACAUUGAUACCAUUCCUGAAGAAGUGCCUGAAGGCAUGAGGAUUAAAACAAUCCGUCUAACCUUGUAUUGCCUAUUCAUUCCUGUGUCCCUACUUUGAACCUAAUUCAUAACUAGCCCAUUUGCACAGGGUUAUCCUUGCAGUGUUUUCAUUUUCCCCGUACAUAAAUAUUCUAUAUUGAAACAUACUGUUGCUAGCAAUAAUGAUGAUAUCGCUCUUGGCCAAUAUUAUAAUAGUUCUGCAGCCCAACUGUUCUAGGGAGAACAUGACUGUCAGAAUGUAGUCCUUAUUUUAGAACAUUUGUUUACGCUAUAAAACUUAUUCCCUAAAUCCCACUUCACCUAUUACAGCAAAGGCUUUCCAAUACUGGACAGCCAAGUUUCCAAAACAAUUUAAAAGAUUUACGCAUCUUUUACUAAAGAUAUAAAAAUACAGGAAGAUGAGAAGUAGGAGAUUUUUCUUCCAUGUUAUUCUGAGAAAAGUUUCCACCGGAAUAAAGUAUUUCUUUAAAAAAUCUUAAGUAAAGUGUUCGUGAAAUAAAAGCUAUAGAGAAUAUUUCUAUAACCAGAGACAUUGCUGCCAAAUUCCAGAUUUCAGAAGUUCAUCCAUUGCUAGUUAUGGUAGUCUCUGUAUUUGUCAGUCAAGGUACAUUGAAAAAUUAAUGUGUGGAACAGUUUUCAAAAAUUAUUGAAUACAUACCUUCACUUUUUUGUCACAAUAUGGGUGUGGCUGCUGUUUUCAGCCAGGGAGGUUAAGCCACAAUAAGGAUAGUGUGCUAAAUGUCUAUGCAACCCAUUCACUGUCACUAAUGAAGAGUGAAAGUUAAGCAAUAAUAAGAAUUGAUAUUUAAUUAAUAAUAAUAAUAAUUAAGCCUAAGUGAAUUAUAGCUUAACGUUUCAUCCAAAACUGAGAUGGAUGUUACCAAGCAUGCCAUGAUUUGAAAAUCCAGCAUUAAGGCACCUCAUGGUGAGAUCGGUGGCAAA